AUGGAGGUGACGAGUUUGGCGAGGAACAAUUUCAGGGUAGUGACUGUGAACAUGUACAGCCCGCAUGUUAAGGACGAGGAGGUGAGGGCUUUCAUGGUGAGGUAUAUGGACAAUGUCUCCUCGGCAAGGCUCCUCAAAGACUCGCUAGGGUUCUGGAACGGGGAGGAGAAGCUUCCAGGCUCUGUUGAGGGAAGACCCAAAGGGCCUGGGAGGUUACCUUCAUCCUCCAGCUCUGUUCUCCCUGGGGGGCUGACAGGGGGACGUUGUAUUAUGCCCGUCAGCCCCCUUUCUGCAGACGAUGCAUGGCCUAUGACGAGGGACUGUGACGAGUCAAAGAAGUGCCACGGGUGUGGAUCGUCAGCACACCUGUGGAGGGAAUGUGCGGCUCGUCACAAGUCGAAUGCAGCUGCAGCUGGUAGGGGAGCAGGGGCUGGAGAAGGGGAUGGAGGAGGAAGAGGAGGAGAGUUUCUAGACACAAGCACAGGCAAUACCAUCGACAACGGAGGAGGAGCCGAGGACAGCCGCAGGAGGAGAGGGGGACGGGCAGGGGACUGCCGUAGCAGGUCCGGAAGGAGAGGUGGUGUCGGAGACGGAGAUGAAGGGGAGUGUGGGAGAGGAGGUGCCGGAGACGGAGGCAGCGGAGGGAGAGGAGGUCGGGGAGGAGCCAGCCACAGCCCUGGGAGGAGAGCAGAAAGGGGGAGAGGGGGGGGCCGGAGUGGGGGGAAAGCGGGAUGUCGAGUGCCCAGGGGGAUGAGGUGAGGGAGAUGAUGGAGGAGCUGGAAAUCAAGGGGGGCUGGGUCUCCCCACUGCCGGCGUCUCCAAAGAAGAGAGGGAAGAGGAGGGGGAGAUCCUCGGACAGGAAGAGGGAAAUGGGUGGUGGGGGAGAGGGGGGGGUGCCAAGCGUUUCAUGGGGAGAAGGGCGCUGUGGGGGAAGAAUCUCCUGUGUCCUCGCUGCCCCCCCCCCCCCUGUUCCCAACCUGUUUCAGGGUUGGGGUUUUGGAGGCGGAUGGUGGUGAGCACAGGAUGCAGGGAACCCAGGAGCCAAACACCAUUCCUGCAUCCUGGGUUGGAGAGAUGGAGGGAAGUGGGGGGGGCAUCUGGGGGGGAGUCGGAGUCUCUACAGGAGGAGAUGGAGCAGGGGAGCAUCAGGUUGUAAUUUGGGAAAUGUAUUAUGGCAGGGAUUAUUUUUGUUACAUUAAAUGUGAGGGGGAUAAGGGAGGAUGUUAAGAGAAGGGCGGGUUUUGGGGUAUUUAGAGGGGGUGGGUUUUGAAGUUUGUUUUAUACAGGAGGUUCACCUAAGGGAUAGUGGGGAUGUCAUAAGGUUUAGGAGGGAGUGGGACAAGGGAGAGUGGGUUUGGGGUAUAGGGGGGGUGCACUCAUCAGGGGUAGGGAUUCUGUCUGGGAAUAGGGAGGUGAAGGUGGAGGGCACUAUGGUAGGGAUUACAUUUACAUUUACAUUUUAGUCAUUUAGCAGACGCUCUUAACCAGAGCGACUUACAGGAGCAAUUAGGGUUAAGUGCCUUGCUCAAGGGCACAUUAACGUCAUUUAGCAGACGCUCUUAGCCAGAGCGACUCACAAAUUGGUGCGUUCACCCUAUAGCCAGUGGGAUAACCACUUUACAAUUUGGGGGGGGGGGGGGGGGGGGGGGGGGGUUAGAAGGAAUACUUUAGCCUAUCCCAGGUAUUCCUUAAAGAGGUGGGGUUUCAAAUGUCUCCGGAAGGUGGUGAGUGACUCCGCUGUCCUGGCGUCGUGAGGGAGCUUGUUCCACCAUUGGGGUGCCAGAGCAGCGAACAGUUUUGACUGGGCUGAGGGGGAGCUGUGCUUCCGCAGAGGAAGGGGAGCCAGCAGGCCAGAGGUGGAUGAACGCAAUGUCCUCGUUUGGGUGUAGGGACUGAUCAGAGCCUGAAGGUACAGGGGUGCCGUUCCCCUCACUGCUCCAAAGGCAAGCACCAUGGUCUUGUAGCGGAUGCGAGCUUCAAUUGGAAGCCAGUGGAGUGUGCGGAGGAGGGGGGUGACGUGAUGCAGGGGAGGGUGUUAGGGGCGGAUGUCACAAUAAGGGAGAAUAGAUACAGUGAGGGGAAAAAAGUAUUUGAUCCCCUGCUGAUUUUGUACGUUUGCCCACUGACAAAGACAUGAUCAGUCUAUCAUUUAAAUGGUAGGUUUAUUUGAACAGUGAGAGACAGAAUAACAACAAAAAAAUCGCUUGUCAAAAAUGUUAUAAAUUGAUUUGCAUUUUAAUGAGGGGAAUAAAUAUUUGACCCCUCUGCAAAACAUGACUUAGUACUUGGUGGCAAAACCCUUGUUGGCAAUCACAGAGGUCAGACGUUUCUUGUAGUUGGCCACCAGGUUUGCACACAUCUCAGUAGGGAUUUUGUUCCACUCCUCUUUGCAGAUCAUCGCCAUGUCAUUAAGGUUUCGAGGCUGACGUUUGGCAACUCGAACCUUCAGCUCCCUCCACAGAUUUUCUAUGGGAUUAAGGUCUGGAGACUGGCUAGGCCACUCCAGGACCUUAAUGUGCUUCUUCUUGAGUCACUCCUUUGUUGCCUUGGCCGUGUGUUUUGGGUCAUUGUCAUGCUGGAAUAACCAUCCACAACCCAUUUUCAAUGCCCUGGCUGAGGGAAGGAGGUCCGCUAUCCCCUCCCGUUGGUGCCGGCCGCCAUUGAACAGCUCCGCUGGGCCUGUUUUCUUUACCAAGCUGGACCUGCGGAGUGCCUACAAUUUGAUCCACAUCCGGGAGGGGGAUGAAUGGAAGACUGCCUUCAGCAUGAUGUCUGGGCACUACUAGUACAUGGUGAUGCCUUAUGGAUUAGCCAAUGCUCCGUCAGUGUUCCAGGCAUUCGCUAACGAGGUGUUUCGGGACAUGCUUGGGCAUCAGGUGGUCGUGUAUAUCGAUGACAUCCUGAUCUACUCGGCCAUCUUGGAGGAGCACAUCGCCCAACUCCGGGUAGUCCUGGAACGCCUCCUGGAGAACCAUCUGUACGUCAAAGCGGAGAAGUGACAGUUCCAUCAGGCUGCCGUCUCCUUGGGAUAUCAGAUCAGCCCGCAGGGAGUGGUUAUGGAGGAGAGGAAGGUAGAUGCAGUCAGGUCAUGGCCAGUCCCAACUACCAUAAAGGGACUACAACGGUUUUUGGGGUUUGCCAACUUCUACCGGCACUUCAUUAGGAACUUCAGUUCCAUUGUUUCUCCUCUCUCCUCAAAGAUGGUCCCCGUAAGUUGGUGUGGAAUCCUGCAACCGAUGAGGCCUUCCACCUGCUGAAAGGGCGUAUCACCUCCUCCCGUUGCUGAAACACCCAGAUCCUAUGCUGCCCUUUGUGGUGGAGGUGGACGCCUCAGAAGUGAGUGUGGGGGCCGUCCUGUCACACAUCAAGGUAAUCCACAAACAUUGUAUCCAUGGGCAUACUACUCUAAAAAACUGUCUCCUGCAGAAAGGAACUAUGAUGUUGGUGAUCGGGAGCUCCUGGCAGUGAAGUUGGCAUUAGAGGAGUGGAGACACUGGCUGGAGGGCGCCCAGGACCCAUUUCUCAUCCUCACCAACCAUCAGAACAUGGAGUACAUACGGACAGCGAGGCGGCAAAACCCGUGCUAAGCAAGGUGGGCCCUUUUCUUUACCAGAUUCAACUUCACCCUGUCAUACCGCCCAGGUUUAAAGAACAUCAAAGCCGAUGCCCUGUCCCGUCUCCACGAUUCGGGAAAGGUUCGGUCCUGAGUGCCCCCAUCAUACUGCCCUCCCGAAUCGUUGUCCCCGUGCUUUGGGACAUAGACGUGGACAUACGCCAGGCUCUGGAGAGGGAACCCAUGCCUGCUACUUGUCCUCUGGAGCACAUCUACAUUCCCACGGAGGUAAGGGAUCGGCUAUUGACUUGGGCGCACACAUCCCUUGCCGCUGGACACCCAGGUAUCACCCGCACCACUCAAUCCAUCUUCAUUAAGUACUGGUGGCCCACCUUGGCACAGGACGUCACCCGCUACGUCCACUCCUGCUCUGUAUGUGCUCAAACUAAGUCUCCCGUCACUCCCCAGCAGGGAAACUCCUUCCCCUCCCCAUGCCUCAGCGGCCUUGGUCCCAUCUGUCUAUAGAUUUUCUUACUGAUCUUCCCCUGUCUGAUUGUUUCACCACUGUUAUGGUUGUUGUGGACAGAUUGUCCAAAUCCUGCCAUUUCAACCCUCUCUCUGGUCUCCCUACUGCUCUCCAGGUCUCUGAGGCAUUGUUCCAGCAGGUCUUCCGGCACUAUGGCCUUCCGGAGGACAUCGUCUCCGACCGUGGUCCCCAAUUCACGUCACGAGUAUGGAAAGCCUUCAUUUAGAAGCUGGUGGUCACGAUCAGCCUCACAUCCGGGUACUGGCCUCAGUCCAACGGGCAGGUGGAGAGGACCAACCAGGAGCUGGGGAGGUUCCUGAGGAGUCACUGUCAGGACCGGCAGGUGGAGUGGGCCCGGUUCCUUCCCUGGGCAGAGUAUGCCCAGAACUCACUUGUCACUCCUCCACCGGGCUAACUCCCUUCCAGUGUGUCCUGGGGUACUAGCCUGCCCUGGCCCCAUGGACCCCGAGCCAGACCGAAGCCCCUGCGGUGGCCGAGUGCUUCCAGCACUCCGAGGCAGUUAGGAACACUGCCCACAUGAGGCUCCAACGUGCCGUCCGCCGCCAGAAGGAGCAGGUGGAUCGCUACCGCAGUGAGGCUCCUGUGUUCCAUCCUGGUGAUCGCCUCUGGCUCUCCACCAGGAACCUCCCGCUCCGCCUGCCCUGCCGGAAGCUGAGCCACCCGGUUUGUGGGGCCAUUUAAAGUCCUCCGGAGGGUCAAUGAGGUAACAUACCGAUUACAGCUUCCCACAAACUACCGGAUCUCACCCUCUUUUCACGUUUCCCUCCUCAGGCCGGUGGUUUCUGGUCCCCUGGCUGAUGCCGUCCCACACGACUCCCCUCCACCUCCCCUGGACAUUGAGGUCCAUCCUGGACUCCCGACGUCGUGGGGUCGGCUCCAGUACCUGGCGGACUGGGAGGGGUAUGGCCCAGAGUAGCGGUGUUGGGUUCUGGUGGACGACAUUCUAGAUCCCAACAUCAUCCGAGAUUUCCACCUUCGCCGACGGGAGUGACCCGCUCCUCGCUCUCAGGGCCUCCCCCCCGGCCGGCUUCGUCCUGCGGCUGGAGCAACGCAUCGGGGGGGGGUACUAUCUCAUCAAAUCCCGCUCCCCCGCUCCGACGCUCGACGUCGCCGGUCUACUAACCACCGGUCCUGGCAACCCAUCAUUAUGCACACCUGGCAACCCAUCAUGAAGCACACCUGGCAACCCAUCAUGAAGCACACCUGGCAACCCAUCAUGAAGCACACCUGGACUCCAUCACUCCCUGAUUACUUCCCCUAUAUCUAGGACGUUGUAACACCCAUUAGGUAGUAUUGUUUCCGGUUUUCAUGUUUAGACUCUACUCCUGUUUUUGUAUUCACUCCAUGUUCGUUGCUAUUAAACUCACUGACUGCACCUGCUUCCUGACUCCCUGUGUCUCCGUUACAAGUACAUUUAAAACCAGAUACUUUCAGACUUUUACUCAAGUAGUAUUUUACUGGGUGACUUUCACUUUUACAUUAGUCAUUUUCUAUUAAGAUAUCUUUACUUUUACUCCAGUAUGACAAUUUGGUACUUUUUCCACCGCUGUGUGUGUGCGGUUACAUUCAAGCACAGCAGCAGUAAUAAAGGCAUCCUUUGUUUGGUUAGACAAACAAAGGAUGUCUCUUGGUUUAGAGAGGGGCCGGUUGGUAAACGUUUGUACAGGCAGGUCUAGGCCUCGCUCCUGCUCCUGAACAAUGGGAUAUGUGAGGGGCUGACUGGGGUCAGUGCGGGCUGACCAGAGUCAGACCUGGGCUAUUGUCAGCAGGGCCAGGUGAGCUAUCUGAGCCCCAUUGUGAAGGAAUAGGGGUUGACGUCGUAUGGUAUGUGAACUCCAGGUCAACUCUGCGAGAGAGAGGAACAUGAGGGGUCAGUGAUAAGCCCUUGAGAAUGCAGGUUUUACGAGCAGUGAAAUCUCCCAGCAGACCAGUGUAGAGGCCGCUUGCCACUUAGAGAAGACUGUAGGGAGAUUUCAUGACCUUCAUUCACACUCAACAGACACAAUGCUUGGAGUAAACAUGAGGUUGAGACAGAGAGAAGUUUGGGUGGUGAGAACAUUCCAGCCAUGUCUUACUGGGGGAUUUGUUGAGUGAUUGAUAUCAUGCAAGAGAUAAAUGACAAACACACAUGAUCACACACACACACACACACACACACACACACACACACACACACACACACACACACACACACACAGGUCCUCAAAGGGAACAUGUAGCACUUGAAGCCCUCAGCUGGGUCACAUUCAUUGUUGACCUUCUCUCCAGUGCUUUAAUCCAGUGCCUGUGUGUGUGUUAUACAGAGUUGGGGUCGGUUCUGAGCAGUGUCCACUCCAAGAAACGAAGUGUUCCUUUACACCUCCAUCAGGAGACUUCAUCUCAAAGGAGGCAUCUUAAUGUUGACGAUUUGGUGCAUAACCAUUCAUAUUUCAGCUGAGCCUCUUUUAUACCCACAAUAUGCCAUGGAUACAUUUAUUUUGUUGAAUACACUGUCAAAUGAUGUAUGAGCCGCUAUGACAAUUUGAUUGUGACUCACUAAGGUAUCCAUGCUGCACAUGUAGCUCCUGUAACUCAUUCCACGUAGGGCCGAGUGGCUGUGGGUUCUCGCUCCUCCCUUGCUUGAUUGAUUAAUUAAGGUCACUAAUUAGUAAGGAACUCCCCUCACCUGGUUGUCUAGGUCUUAAUUGAAAGGAAAAAACAAAAACCUGCAGACACUCGGCCCUCCGUGGAAUGAGAUUGACACGUGGUCUAAGGAGCUACAUGUGCAGCAUGGAUACCUUAGUGAGACACCUGAAGUCUCUUAUCUGGAGGUCAGGGGUCAUCGGCUCACAGGUCUCUCUGCUUACUGUCUCUCCUCACCGUAGGAGAGGAGCGCUGAUGCAAACCGCCCCCCAAAAAUUAUGUCAGAAAUGAAAACAUCAUGGCUGACCCUGUUGCCCAGGAAUGAAGGGGAAUACUUGUGGGAUGACAUCACUGUCCAUUCUCUCUCUCUCUCUCUCUCUCUCUCUCUCUCUCUCUCUCUCUCUCUCUCUCUCUCUCUCUCUCUCUCUCUCUCUCUCUCUCUCUCUCUAUCUCUCUAUCUCUAUCUCUAUCUCUCACUCUAAGGUGUUCUUCAUGCCUGUGGAUAUUUAGUACAUAAACACAAUUCCCCACCGAUCCCGACUAAAUGACCCACAGCUGGGGUGACAUAGGGCUGGGGCUGAGCUGGGGUUACAUGCAAGCGCACACACACACACACACACACACACACACACACACACACACACACACACACACACACACACACACACACACACACACACACACACACACACACACACACACAGCAAAUUAUCCAGUGUUAAAUCAGCACUGAAAGAGUGGGACCAUAUACACACUGGAACCAGUGUUACAUUAACACACUGCUUAGUGUAACACCUUAUUUUAAUAUUUCCCAGAGUGCCUUUCCUUUCGAGUGAUUUGUAGAGUUACCACCCAUAACUGUAUUUUUUUUUCUUUGUAAUUAAAAAAUAUAUAUAUUUCCCUUUAUUACUUUCCAACCCCACCACCCCUUCCCUAAUUGGAGUAAACUACUGAACAACAAUGCUUAGGCCUCUACUUCCAGCUUAUACAUACUAUAUACAUUUUAUGGACACAGUCAAUUUGACAAUAAUUCUAUUUUGUUUGUUUUUACUCCUGAACGUCCUCUACCCUCAACCUCUCCAAUCAUUUUCAUGAUGUCCAUCCGGUUUGCUUCUAUAUGCCAUAUCUUUUUUACUGUGCUCUUUCACAAAAGCUCCCAACCUAUAACCUAUAUACUUAUUAUGGACACAGUAUGCUUUACAUUAGUUAUCUUGUUGUUAUUAGUUGUUGUUAGUUGUUAUUAGUCCCAUCCUUCAGUUCCAUUCAACACCUCCCAUCUAUCUCUUAACACCAUCCAUAUUGGAUUUCUAUUUGCCAUAUAUUUUUCAACUGUACUGUGAUGUUUCACAAAAGUUCUGAACCCUUCUAUUCUCAUUGUUUCUACAGAUUGUAAAUUGAAAAUAUUUUUUUUGCUAAAAGUAUUAUUAUAUUAUUGAUCGAUUGACUAAGAGUUUUCAGAUCACCCAGUAGUGCUAUCUGCAGGGUUAGCUCCAGGUAAAUAUUGCAAUCCUUCAUCCAUUCCUGGACCUGUGACCAAAAACAAGCUAGAAAUGGACAGUACCAAAACAGAUGAUCUAAUGAUUCUGUCUCUUCGCAGCCAAAUCUGCAGAGCUGGGAUGAUUACUUCCCCCAUAUAAAUAACAUUCUAUUGGUAGCAAGAAUAAUGUAUAAUAAUAAAAAGUGAAAAAUUCUUAGUUUUGAAUCCAGCGUUGUUUUGCGUAUCAGUUCAUAAACACUAUGCCAUGGGAUCGGUACGUCAAAAAUCUCUUCCCAACUAUUUUGCAAUCUAUAUGGGAUGGCUGUCAAUCCUUUGGUCCUUAAAUUAAACAGGUAUACAUUUUUAUUUAUCACAAUUUUCUUUAACCAAUUAUGUUCUUUAAUGCAGGGCCGACAGACAAGUUCUUUACUUUUUCCCCCUUCCACUUUCCUCUUCCAUUUUUGCGGUAAUGCUGCAAUUAUUCGGUUGUAAUUUUGGGUAGAGCAGACAUUUCCAUAUGUUUUUGUUAGCUGCAUGUGCGACAUAACUCCACCAGUCCUGCCUUUGAUAUAAUUUACGAAGAUUAUACCUAUUGUUUUUUUUGGGCCAAAAAAUUAUGUUUUUUUUAUCAGUUAGUAUAUUUGAGUUUAACCACAAUAUUUGUUGCAUUAUUUGUUCUGAUGUUUCUGGAGGAUUAAAUUUAAAUUGCAACCAACUUUCUAUGGCUUGUUUUAGAAAUAGUGAUAUUUGGGAGAUUAUUUCCUUUUCAAAUAACUGGAAGUGAGAGGUUGUAAUCUGAAUAAAGGGGAAAAGGCCAUUAUUGAACAUUGGGUGAGACUAUCUUACUAAUUUGCUAGAGAACCAGUUUGGAUUUAAGUAUAACUUUUGUAUGACUGAAGCUUUUAGUGAUAGGUCUAAUGCUUUAAUAUUUAACAUUUCUGUCCUCCGAAUUCAUAUUCAUUAUAUAAUUACUCCUGAGUGGCGCAGUGGUCUAAGGCACUGCAUCGCAGUGCUAACUGUGCCACUAGAGAUCCUGGUUCGAAUCCAGGCUCUGUCGCGACCGGGAGACUCCUGGACGGCGCACAAUUGGCACAGCGUCGUCCAGGGUAGGGGAGGGAAUGGCCGGCAGGGAUGUAGCUCAGUUGGUAGAGCAUGGUGUUUGCAACGCCAGGGUUGUGGGUUUGAUUCCCACGGGGGGCCAGUAUAAAAAAAUUAUAUGUAUUCACUAACUGUAAGUCGCUCUGGAUAAGAGCGUCUGCUAAAUGACUAAAAAUUUAAAAUAAUUUGGUCUGGCUUGCCGUUCCAAAUAAAAUUGAAUAUUUUUUUCUAAUUUAAUUAAAAAAACCUGUUUGCUAGGUGUAGGCAAGACCAUAAGCAAAUAGGUAAACUGGGAUAAUACUAAAGAGUUAAUCAGGGUGAUUUUUCCACAAAUAGACAGGUAUUUACCUAUCCAUGGUAACAAGACAUUUCUAUUAAAAUGUAUUGGAGUGAGAUCAUUUAUUUCAUUUGGGAUAUGUAUUCCGAGUAUAUCCACAUCACCAUCAGACCAUUUUAUUGGUAAACUACAUGGUAAUGUAAAAUCUUUAUUUUUUAGUGAUCCAAUACGUAAUAUAGUACAUUUAUCAUAAUUCGGUUGUAAUCCAGAGAGGUUAGAAUAUGUGUCUAGUUCCUCUAUGAGGCUGUGGAGGGAUUCAAGUUGUGGAUUUAAAAGAAAACAUGAAUCAUCAGAGGACAAUAACACCUUUGUUUUUAAGCCCUGGAUUUCUAAUCCCUUGAUAUUAUUGUUGGAUAUGAUUUUAAUAGCUAACAUUUCGAUGGCCAUAAUAAAUAGAUAUGCCGAUAGUGGACAACCUUGUUUUACUCCUCUUGACAGUUUAAAACUUUCUGAGAAAUAGCCAUUAUUUAUUAUUUUACACCUAGGGUUACUAUACAUGAUUUUAACCCAUUUUAUAAGAGAUUCUCCAAAAUUGAAAUGCUCCAGGCAUUUAUAUAUAAACUCCAGUCGUACGUUAUCAAAUGCCUUUUCAAAGUCUGCUAUGAAUAGCAGGCCUGGUUUACCAGAUUUUUCAUAGUGUUCUAUUGUUUCCAGUACUUGCCUUAUAUUAUCUCCAAUGUAUCGUCCAUCUAAAAAACCUCUCUGAUUAGAAAGAAUAAUGUCCGACAAUACCUUUUUAAUUCUAUGCGCUAUACAUUUUGGUAGAAUUUUUGCAUCACAACACUGAAGUGUAAUGGGCCUCCAAUUUUUUUAAUGGACUGGAUCUUUAUAUUUCCCACUUGUAUCCUGUUUCAGUAAUAAUGAAAUCAGACCUUCUUGCGUGUCUGAUAAUCUACCAUUUACAUAGGAGUGGUUAAAACAUGCUAAUAACGGCCCUCUGAGUAUAUCAAAAAAGGUUUGGUAUACCUCGACUGGUACGCCAUCCAACCCUGGAGUUUUCCCGGACUUAAAGUCCUUAAUUGCAUCCAGAAGUUCCUCCUCUUUCUUUAUGGCUGUUAAUUUUACAUUAUCAAUAGAAAAAAAAUCCCUACAAUUAGCUUCAGAUAGAGGAGAUGGAGGCGACUGAAAAGAAAACAUAUGCUUAAAGUACUUUGCUUCCUCCUUCAAAAUAUAAUUUGGUGAAUCAUGGGUGACUCCGUCAUUUGUAACCAGUUUCAGUAAAUUCUUUUUGGUAGCAUUUCUAUGUUGAAAAUUAAAAUGUGGUGCAUUUUUCACCAUAUUCCAUCCAGUUUGCUUUAUUUUUAUAAUAUAUUACACUUGAUCUUUCUUGAAUAAUUUUCUCCAUUUCUUUUAGUUUUUCCUCUAAUUCAUUCUGAGCCUCUAUGUUACAGUUUUUAUUGCUAUCUAUCUGUUCUGUUAGACUAUUUCCUUUGUUAGUAUGGACUCUUUUGACCUAAAUUGUUUUUGUUUUCGAGAUGAGUACUGAAUUGCAUGGCCUUUAAAGGCACAUUUAAAAGUGUCCCAUACAAUAAGGGCAUUUGCUGUACCUAUGUUAUGUCUGAAAAAAUCUGUUAUAAAUUCCUCUGUCCUAGUUAAAAACAUGUUAUCAUCCAAUAGGCUUUGAUUAAAUGUCCAAUAUCCUCGCCCACGUGGAAAUUCAGUAAGAGUAAUGUAUAUGCCAAUUAUAUGAUGGUCCGACCGCAUUCUGUCCCCUAUCAACACUUUUUAAACUUUUGGUGCCAACGAGAAUGACAUAAGAAAGAAGUCAAGACGGCUAGCUUGAUUGAGUCUCUGCCAUGUAUGUCUCACUAGGUCAGGAUAUUUAAGCCUUCAUAUAUCUACUAGUUCUAAUGUAUCCAUGACAUUCAUGAUUUCCUUAAGAGCAUGAGGGUGAUAGUUUGUAGUGUGAUUUCCUUUACGGUCCAUUGAGCUAUUUAAAACAUUGAGCUAUUUAAAACAUUUACAUGUUUUACAUUAAAACAGUAUUAUAAUCUCCCACCAUGAUAAUAGAGUCUUGUAUUGCUUGCAGGGUUGAUAAUUUAUUAUAUAUAUUGUCAAAGAAGCGUGGAUCAUCAUUAUUUGGUCCGUAAAGGCUAAUGAGCCAUAUCUGUUUAUGGUCCAAUAACAUAUUUAAAAUCAUCCAUCUACCUUGUGGAUCUGUUUGGACAAUUUGCACAUUCGGAUCAAAAUUACUGUUAAUUAAUAUCAUCACCCCUUUUGAGUUUCUUUGCCCAUGGGAGAAGUAUAUUACGCCCAGUCCUUUUUCCAAACAACUUCAUCUAGAAUUGUUGAAUGAGUUUCCUGUAAACAAUAGAUAUUAUAGUCCUUCUCUUUGAGCCAUGUAAAUAUUGUUCUUCUUUUGUUAUUAUCUGCUAAGCCAUUACAAUUAUAACUGGCUAUACUUAUUUCACCACUUACCAUAAUGAGAUACAAGUUUCAAAUCUAUUUAUCAUAAUAUAUGUUUGUAAAUUUACCAAUAAAAAAUACCAUAGUGAUUGAGUGUCCAUAUAGCUGUACCAUGAUAUUUGCAUUGCUACUAAGUAACCCUCCAAUUGUUCUCCACUAUUCCCCCCGCUAAAGACUCUCCCCAUCCCAAGUUGGGUUGUCAUCCCAGUGAUCGGCUUACCACCCCCGUCCCCCCGGAUCCCUAGGCCCCCCGAGAGGCCAGGACCUAUCCUUCGAAAACAGCACGCAGUGCCACCCACAAAACAGAAGCAGGUCAACCACCAAAAGCAUUUCCAAUGCUCUCAUCUCAAUAUAUAUAUAUAUAGCUAUUAAAAAUAUAUAUCUAUUCAAAUAUCUUGCAUAUCUUAAUUUCCAUCAUUAUCAAUUAAUAUGCGUAAUAAUGUCGGCAGUUCAUGUGAAGGAUUGUUAACUAUAACCCGGAUUGCCAUUGUAUUACAUUACAUUAUUGUGGCUCAUCCUAUAUUCUCCCUAACAUCCUUACCCCCUUACAACAAAUGUGGGACACACACACACACACACACACACACACACACACACACACACACACACACACACACACACACACACACACACACACACACACACACACACACACACACACACACACACACACAUUCUCUAACGCACUCAACCCUUUUCCUCCACAAUCAACAUAAGCUCAGAUGCUCAACGGUUGUUACAUCCCAGAGCCCAACUCAAGAAAGGACCUGAUUUACGAGUGCAUAUACAGUUACAGCUGUUUGAGAAAGCAUGCAAGAUUGAGCAAGAAUUGACAAAAACGUGAAAUUCUAUUAACCUAUGUCAUGUCCUAGGUGAUGGAGAUCAGACUGUAUUUGUUAGUGACAGAGACAUGGUUGUUCAAUUCAUCCAUUUUCAGUCCUAAGUGAAUAUGCUAUCAUAAUUGUAUUGUAUUUUUAACACAAUACCAUACACAUUUGAUAAGGCCUUAUUUUGAGGUCCUACUUUUACUGUAAUAAAGGGGCCUGAAACUCAUACACAUCAUUUUGAACCAAAACCACACCCAUCAUUAUCACAUUUCCCAGCAUGCUGUACUGCAGGUAGAUCAACAAAUAAUAAUACAUUAACAUGUGAUUGUUUUUGCUUGAUUAAUGUUGAUUGAUUGGUUAAUCUUAUGCUACACAAAGAUAAAUAACAUACAUUUCUCUAAACUAAUCCAAUCAAGUUAGAGAUUUUUUUUGCACCUGUUACUGAAAUGGUGGUUCCAGUUUGAAUGGCUUGCGUAGUCUUCUCAUAAUAUUCCUAACCCUGGCAGUCAUUCUGAGUGCAAGUUGCAGGUGAAUAAAAGUUCCAGGUGUUGGCUAUCCUAACUGGGUGGAUUCCAAACAGAAAUUACACAUCACUUUGCAAGCCAGCAUAAUGUGACUUGCAGGUAGGGUUGUAAAAGUGAUGCUUAAUUCCUAUUGGAAUCCAGCCAGUGGGGAUGUCCAACAUUUGGCAUUUCUUAUCACCCGGCAACCUGCAUUCUGAAUGACUGCCAGGAUUGGGAAGACUAAGAUAUGAGAUUACCUAAAGCAUCUAAACUGGAACAACCAUUUCAGUAACGGGUUCAAUACGUCCAAGUACAAUAUUGGAUUAUUUUAGAAAAUGUAUGUCAUUUAUAUUUCAGUAGCAUAAGAUUAAGUCAUCAAUUAAUGUACAAACAUAGAUAUUGAAAAAACAACAAAAAGAAAAAAGAAAAAAUAGAGCAUGCUGGGAAAUACGAUAAUGAUGAGUGUGGUUUUGGUUCGCGGUGAUGUGUAUGAGCUUCAGGCCCCUGUUGGGUAAAACUAGGCCCUCAAAAUGAGACUUUAUGAAAUAUGCAUGGUAUUGUGUUAAAUCAUUUAAACAAAUUAUGAUAACAUAUUCGCUUAGGAUCUCACUUGGUGAACUCCAUAGGACUGAAAAUUGAUGAAUUGAACAACCAUGUCUCUGUAACUAACAACUACAGUUAUGGAUGGUAACUUCACAAUUUACUCGAAAGGCAAGGCACCAAGCAGUGUGUUAAUUUAACACUGGUUCCAGUGUGCAUAUGGUCCCCCUCUUUCAGUGUUUAUUUAACACUGUCUCGUGUUGAUUUAAAACUGGAUAAUUUGUUGUGCAGACAGACAGACAGACAGACACACAGACACACAGACACACACACACACACACACACACACACACACACACACACACACACACACACACACACACACACACACACACACACACACACACACACACACACCCACACACACACACACACACACCCACCCACCCACCCACCCACCCACCACACUCCGAGCACAUACAGUGGGGAAAAAAAGUAUUUAGUCAGCCACCAAUUGUGCAAGUUCUCCCACUUAAAAAGAUGAGAGAGGCCUGUAAUUUUCAUCAUAGGUACACGUCAACUAUGACAGACAAAUUAAGAAAAAAAAAUCCAGAAAAUCACAUUAUAGGAUCUUUAAUGAAUUUAUUUGCAAAUUAUGGUGGAAAAUAAGUAUUUGGUCACCUACAAACAAGCAAGAUUUCUGGCUCUCACAGACCUGUAACUUCUUAUUUAAGAGGCUCCUCUGUCCUCCACUCGUUACCUGUAUUAAUGGCACCUGUUUGAACUUGUUAUCAGUAUAAAAGACACCUGUCCACAACCUCAAACAGUCACACUCCAAACUCCACUAUGGCCAAGACAAGAGCUGUCAAAGGACACCAGAAACAAAAUUGUAGACCUGCACCAGGCUGGGAAGACUGAAUCUGCAAUAGGUAAGCAGCUUGGUUUGAAGAAAUAAACUGUGGGAGCAAUUAUUAGGAAAUGGAAGACAUAAAAGACCACUGAUAAUCUCCCUCGAUCUGGGGCUCCACGCAAGAUCUCACCCCGUGGGGUCAAAAUGAUCACAAGAACGGUGAACAAAAAUCCCAGAACCAUACGGGGGGGACCUAGUGAAUGACCUGCAGAGAGCUGGGACCAAAGUAACAAAGCCUACCAUCAGUAACACACUAUGUCGCCAGGGACUCAAAUCCUGCAGUGCCAGACGUGUCCCCCUGCUUAAGCCAGUACAUGUCCAGGCCCGUCUGAAGUUUGCUAGAGUGCAUUUGGAUGAUUCAGAAGAGGAUUGGGAGAAUGUCAUAUGGUCAGAUGAAACCAAAAUAUAACUUUUUGGUAAAAACUCAACUCGUCGUGUUUGGAGGACAAAGAAUGUUGAGUUGCAUCCAAAGAACACCAUACCUACUUUGAAGCAUGGGGGUGGAAACAUCAUGCUUUGGGGCUGUUUUUCUGCAAAGGGACCAGGACGACUGAUCCGUGUAAAGGAAAAAAUGAAUGGGGCCAUGUAUCGUGAGAAUUUGAGUGAAAACCUCCUUCCAUCAGCAAGGGCAUUGAAGAUGAAACGUGGCUGGGUCUUUCAGCAUGACAAUGAUCCCAAACACAACGCCCGGGCAAUGAAGGAGUGGCUUCGUAAGAAGCAUUUCAAGGCCAGUCUCCAGAUCUCAACCCCAUAGAAAAUCUUUGGAGGGAGUUGAAAGUCUGUGUUGCCCAGCGACAGCCCCAAAACAUCACUGCUCUAGAGGAGAUCUGCAUGGAGGAAUGGGCCAAAAUACCAGCAACAGUGUGUGAAAACCUUGUGAAGACGUACAGAAAAUGUUUGACCUGUGUCAUUGCCAACAAAGGGUAUAUAACAAAGUAUUGAGAAACGUUUCUUUCCACCAUAAUUUGCAAAUAAAUUCAUAAAAAAUCCUACAAUGUGAUUUUCUGGAUUUUUUUUCCCUCAUUUUGUCUGUCAUAGUUGACGUGUACCUAUGAUGAAAAUUACAGGCCUCUCUCAUCUCUUUAAGUGGGAAAACUUGCACAAUUGGUGGCUGACUAAAAACUUUUUUUCCCCACUGUACAGUGGCUUGCGAAAGUAUUCACCCCCCUUGGCAUUUUUCCUAUUUUGUUGCCUUACAACCUGGAAUUAAAUUGAUUUUUUGGGGGGUUUCUAUCAUUUCAUUUACACAACAUGCCUACCACUUUGAAGAUGCAAAAUAAAAUUUUUUGUGAAACAAACAAGAAAUAAGACAAAAAAAACAGAAAACUUGAGAGUGCAUAACUAUUCACCCCCCCAAAGACAAUACUUUGUAGAGCCACCUUUUGCAAGCAAUUUACAGCUGCAAGUCUCUUGGGGUAUGUCUCUAUAAGCUUGGCACAUCUAGCCACUGGGAUUCUUGCCCAUUCUUCAAGGAAAAACUGCUCCAGCUCCUUCAAGUUGGAUGGGUUCUGCUGGUGUACAGCAAUCUUUAAGUCAUACCACAGAUUCUCAAUUAGAUUGAGGUCUGGGCUUUGACUAGGCCAUUCCAAGACAUUUAAAUGUUUCCCCAUAAACCACUCGAGUGUUGCUUUAGCGGUAUGCUUAGGGUCAUUGUCCUGCUGGAAGGUGAACCUCCGUCCCAGUCUCAAAUCUCUGGAAGACUUUCCCUCAAGCAUUUCCCUGUAUUUAGCGCCAUCCAUCAUUCCUUCAAUUCUGACUAGUUUCCCAGUCCCUGCCGAUGAAAAACAUCCCCACCAUGCUUCACUGUGGGGAUGGUGUUCUCGGGGUGAUGAGAGGUGUUGGGUUUGCGCCAGACGUAUAGUUUUCCUUGAUGGCCAAAAAGCUCAAUUUCAUCUGACCAGAGUACCUUCUUCCAUAUGUUUGGGGAGUCUCCCACAUGCCUUUUGGCGAACACCAAACGUGUUUGCUUAUUUUUUUCUUUAAGCAAUGGCUUUUUUCUGGCCACUCUGCCAUAAAGCCCAGCUCUGUGGAGUGUACAGCUUAAAGUGGUCCUAUAAACAGAUACUCCAAUCUCUGCUGUGGAGCUUUGCAACUCCUUCAGGGUUAUCUUUGGUCUCUUUGUUGCCUCUCUGAUUAAUGCCCUCCUUGCCUGGUCCGUGAGUUUUGGUGGGCGGCCCUCUCUUGGCAGGUUUGUUGUGGUGCCAUAUUCUUUCCAUUUUUUAAUAAUGGAUUUAACGGUGCUCCGUGGGAUGUUCAAAGUUUCUGAUAUUUUUUUAUAACCCAACCCUGAUCUGCACUUCUCCACAACUUUCUCCCUGACCUGUUUGGAGAGCUCCUUGGUCUUCAUGGUGCUGCUUGCUUGGUGGUGCCCCUUGCUUAGUUGUGUUGCAGACUCUGGGGCCUUUCAGAACAAGUAUACAUAUACUGAGAUCAUGUGGUACUUAGAGUGCACACAGGUGAAGGGGGUGAAUAAAUAUGCAUGUACCACUUUUCCGUUAUUUAUUUUUUUGAAUUUUUUGAAACAAGUUAUAAUUUUUUCAGUUCUCUUCACCAAUUUGGACUAUUUUGUGUAUGUCCAUUACAUGAAAUCCAAAUAAAAAUCAAUUUAAAUUACAGGUUGUAAUGCAACAAAAUAGGAAAAAUGGCAAGGGGGAUGAAUACUUUUGCAAGUCCACUAUGAUCACAGAGCCGUAUUCACCUGUGUUUCAGCAAACUGCUGCUAUAACAUUGUUUGUUUGUUGUCAGUAUAGGACCUAUAAGCAGUCAACCCGGUUACACUGACCUUCCUCCAAACUAUAACCACAAAAUCAAUGGCUGCUAUUCUCCCCAAAGUUUAUACGAUUUAGCUAAACCAAACUCCAAUAAGCAACAGCUUUCCUUUAGAUUCGGCAAAUCAAAUGGCAUAUAAGCAAAUAAACUCCUCCCGCCAUUCCCCUCCAGAUCAGACCGCGUUACAGUCAGGACACAGAGGGAACCGUUGAUGCAGGGGAUUUUCCUCCCUCCCUCCCUCCCUCCCUCGGCCCUCUGUCCACGCAGGCCCUUGUUGUGUAACUCUGGACACACUCGCUGCCCUGUUUGUCCCGGGACGGUCGACGGGCACAGGCCUGAGCAUGGGGCCACUGGCGGACUGAGGGGUGUGCUGUUCGCCCCUCUCCGACGGGAGCCAGAGGAAAUCUGUGAUUCCUGUUGGUGUGAGGGGGGGUACACAGAGGCUGAUCCACUAGAGGCUGGCUGA